AUGAUUAAUAUGAUACCAUUAUUAUGUGCUGGAUGUCAUCAACCAAUUUGGGAUCCAUAUUUAUUAUCGAUCGAUCAAAAUACAUGGCAUGAACAAUGUGUUACAUGUUCAGUGUGUCACUGUUUAUUACAUGAUAAAUGUUUAGUACGUAAUAAAAAGUUAUACUGUCGAAGUGAUUAUAUUAAGCAAUUUGGAAUUCGUUGUAAAGGUUGUAAUCAUUUAAUUCAAUCCGGUGACUCUGUCUUAAGGUUAUACACAUAUAAAACUAUGAAAUCUACAUCAAUGCAGAAUUAUUUCAUGAAAAAACAAAACACACUUGAAUUUCAAUCAACUGAUGUCAAGUCGACGAAUGUUACUAAUACCAGUGUUUUAUCUUCAACAAACAAAUAUGAAUUAAAUCUUACCGAUGAAGAUGAUGUUGAUACUAAAAAAGAUUCAUUCAAUUUAUCCGUACUGAUUCAUUAUUUUCAUGUAGAUUGUUUUAAAUGCUGUGAUUGUAAUCGGUUACUGACUCCUGGAGAAGAGUAUACAAUAAAAAAUUGUAUGCCAUUAUGUAUUAUGGAUUAUGAGAAAUAUUUACUUGAUAAAGAAUCACAACAGAUUUGUACAAAAUUACAAGAAUCAUUUAUACAACAAUCAUUACAAUUUGAAAAGUAUACACAAGACAACAGUAUGGAUGGAAAUAAUGAAAAUAACCGAAUACACGAACAACAGCAACAACAACAAGAAGGAUAUUUCAAUGAAGAAUCAAAUGAUACCGAUGUAAACUGUGAAGAAUCUAGUCGGCUAAUGACACUUGAAAUAAAGUCCGAUAUUGGAAACUAUGAAAAAUCAACUAAUACUAACACAGAUACAAGUUUAUUAAAUGAUUCAGUACUUUUAUCCGAUAUCAAUAUAUCUGCGCCGAAUUCAAGUGAUGAUUCAAGUAAAGAUGCAGACAGAAUGGACGAUGACGAAUUAUAUGAAAUGGAUAGUGAUUCUGAAUCGGGGAAAAAUUCUAAAAGACCACGAACAAUCUUAACAGCCAAUCAACGUCGUAGAUUCAAAGCUGUAUUUGAAUUCAAUCCAAAACCAACACGUAAGAUACGUGAAGCCUUAGCCACAGAAACUGGUUUAAAUAUUCGUGUUGUACAAGUUUGGUUUCAGAAUCAACGUGCAAAAAUUAAAAAAUUAGCUCGUCGGCAUGCUCAGGAAUCUCGACAGCAGUUAAAUCGUACAAUGUUAUUAAAUAAUCCUAUAAUGAAUAAUGAAUCAAUGAUUAGAAUUCAAUCUCCAAAUUCUAUGUUAUUUAAUCUAAGAAAUCCUGCUAUCUCAGAUAUACGUUACUUAUACAACACAGUCGAGAACUGUCCAGAUAUACAGUCACUUCAAAAUAAUCCAAUAAAUGAAAAUGAUCCAGUUGAAAAUCUAAACAAAAGAAUGACCUCUUUAACCACUCCUUGUUCAUCAACAAUUAUUCAUGUACCACAAACAAAUCGAAUGGAAAAUCCAUAUACUGCUAACCUUCCAUUUAUUUCAACAACUGACAAGGUGAUAGAAAAAUCAUCUUUACCAUUUUCAACACAUGAAUUAUUUCCUUGUAUAAAUUCACUUUGCACAAAUUCAAAAUCCAAUUCAUUUCUGUCUGAAGUAGUCACAUUCACUCCAAUAACUUCAUCUGAUCUUGUGAUCAGUAAUAAUAAUAAUAAUAAUAACACUAACACUAACAGUAAUAAUAAUAAUAAUAAUAAUAAUGAUAAUAGUACUAAUAAUAAUGACAGUAUUCAUAACAACAAUAAUCCUAAUGUGGACAACAGCAGUACUACAAAAUGUUCAUCCAUAUUUGAUACAUCAAUCAAUAAACUGUAUUCUAUGCACCAAUCUUACUUCAUGUAA